AUGGCUUCUAACAACGGCGAUUCAUCAAAUAUCCACCCUCCAGCGAGUGGGGUGCCCUCAUCCUCAACGUUCUCGUUCAAAGCUCCAUUCCCUGUCCCAGUAGCGCCCUCCGCAGCCGUCACAGCUUUGAAACAACGACGUGUCUCGCUGGCAUCCCCAUCGUCACCGCGACUUGUCCAACCAUGGAGUUUCAGGGAUGAGAUGGGUCUGGACGCGCACUCCGCCGACGCCGAGUCAGCAUCGACCAGCGAGACGGGCCGUAUUAUCCCAGAGAAGAAGGGCAAAAUGCGCAAGAUUGAUACUAGCAGGAACAGCGACGAAUCGUCUGUCCCGGAGAAGAAACCCCGCAAGAAAUGGUCGCAGGAGGAGACGCAAAUGCUUGUGGAAGGAUGCCAGAUUCACGGAGUUGGAAACUGGAAGACGAUACUGCAAGACCCCAACUUGCACUUCCAUGAUCGUACAGCAGUCGAUCUCAAAGAUAGGUUCCGGACCUAUUUCCCAGACGCUUACAAGAAACACUACCCGAACGCAAAGACCCACCUCUCGAGCAAGAUCCGCUCGACAUUUGCGGACGGCACCUCGCUCUUCGAGAAGACUCGCAGCAAGCGUCGACGGCCGUUUACCGAGGCGGAGGACCGUGCGCUGAAAGCGGGCUACGAAAAGCAUGGCACUACCUGGGCAACCAUCGUCAAAGACCCCAUUUUCCAGGAGCAAAACAGACGCUCGACAGAUCUUCGGGACAGGUUCCGCAAUGCUUUUCCGCAUCUCUACCAGGCGGCUGGGUACAAGCCCCGCACCGCAACGAAGAAGAAAGUCGAUGGUCCAGUGAGAGCUGCCGACGACCAGCUUUCAAUGUCCAGCACUGGUCCUGUGCGAAGUCGGCGACGAGCGCAAACAAGCUUGAGGGGUGGUGUUAAAAGCGUACCUCAGAGUGCUGUAUGUUCAGAGGAUGAAGAUAGCUCAGCAGGCGAAGAAGACGAGGAAACAUCUGUUUUCAAGAAGCCGAAGAUGCCUAUUCUUGUCGACAAUAUUUCGACUUCACCGCUCAAGAAAUCCUCCCCUCCCAACAGUUCUCUCGCUGCGAUGAGCAACGGCAGUUCUGCCGCCGGCACUUUCACCACGCCUCGCGAUUCCUACAUGGACCCUGAUGAUGAGAUGGAGCUCAUUACUAUUGAAACUGACCCGCUCAACAUCCCCGACUUCAUGCCCAAUGAUAGCCAUUCGGACAUGGAAACAUGGUCUUCUGGAAUCAACACCCCUACACACUCUUCCACUGCUGCAUGGUCCACAGCUGGUGCAUCCCCAACCUCCAGCCAUUUCUCUGACUUCCUGUUGACCGGUUCGAGCGCCGCUGCAAGCAACAACCCUUCAAAUGCGUCGUCACCUUUCAUGCAAAGACGGAACGAUGUUUCGGCCAACAACUUCAUUGGCAAGAGUGCCUGGGGUGCACAAGACUGGUUCUCUGCCAAUCCUCGGUUGGACGCCAGCAGUGCAAGCUCUUCGUCGUCAUUUGUCGAUGCAAACUUUUCUCCUGCAUCACCCUUUUCUCUCGGACAGCACUUUUCCCAUGGCGUACUCGAUCGUUACGACCUCUUCCCGCCGUCAAUGCCUAACGAUAUCAUGUCGGAUGCUGGCGUCGGAGACUCGCACAACUCGUUCACAGAGGGGAGUGGAGGAGCUGGAUCGUCCGGGGCUAGUGCGGGCGGCACGGGGUUCAGAGGAUACCACUCGCAGAUCGCUGGAGACCUCAUUUCCGGUGCCAGCGCACGACCCUCCUUCUCUUCGUCGUUGUCCCUUUCUUUGGCCGGUUUGUAUGGACAACACUUUGGGGGUGCAUUUGGAAAUGCAGCAGGCGAGAUAGGGUUGGGGCUGGAAGGCAUCCCAGAGGACGCUGGUAUCCAUCCAAUGCAGCUGCAUGCGCACAACUCGACCUUGCUGGGGAUCGAGGAGCUUGGGCUGACGGGCAUCUCAUUAAACGACCACGUCGACUCCGCUGAACCAAACGCCGCCUCGAGUGCGGACGAUGCGAUGGAUGGCAGCAGCACCAAUAACGUACCCGACAUGUCGUCGUUCUCCAUCCAUUCUCCUGACAAGCGGCGCGACCAGCAACAGCAAACGGAGGAGAACGAGCGCGAGAAACUGGCGUCGUCCAUCCUCAAUGAUCCGUUCAACCUUGAGGACCUUGUCGACAUGUCUCACGAAGCACAUGCCACACCGCCGGCCACGCCUCUCAUGACCCAACCCCGACCUAUGCGAAGGUCUUCCGGCGGGACAUUGCUGAACAACUUCGGCGAUUCUGGCCCUGCAAGCGGUCAUGCACGUUCCAUCUCGGUACCGCCGUCCGAGGCACGCAACAGCGGACCAAGUAUGGGUGGGGCUAUGGCGAUGGACGACGUUGGUUUGCAUAUGCAGUCGUCGCACAACGUUAUGAACUUUGGCAAGAGUUUGCAGUCCAUAUUCAACCCACCACCCCAGCCGUCGACUCCAAGCCGCCCCCAGCACCGACCUCGCAACUCGGAGCCGAUGAGGUUGAGCAACAGCACGGGGUCGAUGUCUCCUCCUGCCCUGCCGCACCAGCACUCGGAUCCUACGAUAUUCCCAGCCCACCUCCUGCUUCCCUCAACCCCCGCAGCUGCACUUGCACCUUCGGGCCAUCCGCAAACGCACGUCACAGACCCGUGGCGUCUGUCCAACGCCUCGUGGAUGAACCUCAACAGCAUCUCGCCCAGCGACCUCUACAACGUGCCCUACCUCGACCUGCACUACUCUUUGACCUACGGUCAUCCUGGUCUCAACGGACUUGAUGUCACACUCGACGACCACUCGGAGGCAAGGCAGGGCCAGGCCCUCGACCUUGCUCAGUCUGCGGUGCUUGCGUCGUCGGGGAUGGCAGGGUCGAAUAAGGCCUUUGAGUAUCCGACGACAGUACGGCCGCAACAACUGACGAGCAAGCCGACGUCAUCACCGCCUGAUGCUUUCCCUACUCCCGCAGCCGCCUCUGCUGUUCUGGCUGCGGUUUCGAACGAGAGUGCGAACGCCCAUAACGGUGGUGCUGGCACCAUCCGUCAGUCGCAUAUCAAGGCUGCGAGCACCAGCAGUGGUGCCAACCUUGGUCGGUCCAUGAGCCAUCAUCGUGGGCAGAGCGCGGUCAACCCGCAGGAUCUCAUGCUUCGGAACGACAAUAAAAGGAAGAGAGCCAGCUGGGAUGGAGGGGUGGUUUAG